AUGCCCGAUCCAGCCAAGUCUGCACCAGCCGCCAAGAAAGGCUCUAAGAAAGCUGUGACCAAGACCCAGAAGAAAGAUGGUAAGAAGCGUAGGAAGACAAGGAAGGAGAGCUAUGCAAUCUACGUGUACAAGGUGCUGAAGCAGGUCCACCCCGACACCGGUAUCUCCUCUAAGGCCAUGGGGAUCAUGAACUCCUUUGUCAAUGACAUCUUUGAGCGCAUCGCAGGAGAAGCCUCUCGCCUGGCUCACUACAACAAGCGCUCUACCAUCACCUCCCGGGAGAUCCAGACCGCCGUGCGCCUGCUGCUACCCGGAGAGCUGGCAAAGCACGCCGUGUCCGAGGGCACCAAGGCUGUUACCAAGUACACCAGCGCCAAGUAA